ACCUCCCCCAAGAAGAAGAGUGACACGCCAUUCAAUUUCUGUCUGCCUCCCUGGCCCGUGGCUGAUAGACGCAGGAAGGAGCCUUAAGUAUUUUCUGACGGAACUGUAACAAUACCGAAUACGUGGACAUCUGGUUGUAUUUUAGUUGCACCAGUAAAAGUAAAGUUGUAAUCUAUCAAGAUGGGGAUACGGAAAAAGACCAAUAAGAACCCGCCGGUGCUGAGCCAUGAGUUUAUCAUCCAGAACCAUGCAGAUAUUGUUUCUUGUGUUGCUAUGGUUUUCCUUCUCGGACUGAUGUUUGAGGUGACUUCGAAGGUUGCAGUCCUUUUCAUAACUGUCCAAUACAACGUCACUAUCUCAGCAAAUGAGGGUCCUGAUGAGACUGCUGUGAAUCACUUUCACCAUGGCCUCAAGGACCUAGCCACUGUGUUCUUCUAUAUGCUGGUUGCCAUCAUCAUGCAUGCCAUCAUCCAGGAAUAUGUCCUGGAUAAGAUCAACAGGAAGAUGCAUUUCUCGAAGACGAAGCACAGCAAGUUUAACGAGUCAGGCCAGCUCAGUGCCUUCUACCUGUUCUCCUUUGGCUGGGGGACCAGCAUCCUGCUCUCAGAGAACUUCCUGUCCAAUCCUGUCACACUGUGGGAGGGAUACCCUCACACCCUAAUGCCGUUCCAGAUGAAGUUUUACUUCAUUUGUCAGUUGGGCUAUUGGCUUCACGCUCUCCCUGAACUGUAUUUCCAAAAGACUAAGAAGGAGGACAUUCCACGCCAGCUCGUCUACAUCUCUCUCUACCUGGUCCAUAUUGUGGGAGCGUACGUCCUGAAUCUCAACCGGCUGGGUCUGAUCCUGCUGGUGCUGCACUACUUUGUGGAGCUGCUCUUCCAUGUCUCCCGCCUGGUCUACUUCAGCAACGAGAACAGACAGACAGGGUUCACCAUAUGGGCCUUUCUGUUUGUCCUUGGGCGACUGCUCACCCUGUCCCUGUCUGUCCUCACCGUGGGCUUUGGCCUUGCCAAUGCGGAGCAUCAGGGUCUGGAUCUGGCUGCAGGGAACUUCAACGUGCUUUUUGUCCGGAUCACUGUUUUGGCCGCCAUCUGCAUCACUCAGGCGUUCAUGAUGUGGAAAUUCAUCAACUACCAGCUGCGCCGGUGGAGAGAGCAUGGCCAGGCCCAGGCGCUGAAGAAGAAACCUGCCGCGCCUAAGAGCAAGUCAAAGAAAGACAAAGCAAAUGGAGUGAAUGGAUCCGUCAGUGCAAACGGAGCGGAUUCGCCAAGAGCGCGAAAGGAAAAGUUGACAUAAUCACACCGCUUUACCUUCCCAUGCCCGCACCCCCCCCCACCCACCCCCCCCAAAGACCACCCUGCCACCCUGGUCAUCCAAGUCAUGUGACCCUUCAGCUCUGUCUACUGUCUGCAUUUCUCUCACAGGGCUGUAACUCCCAGCAGGACUACAAAAGUCAAAAUGCAUUUAGCUUUAUAUGCUUGACGCCAACUUCCAGUGUUAUUGAUUUUUAAAUCAUGACUCUGCUGUGCCAUAACCAGAAAAAAAAGGAAUUUAAUGCGUAUAAAUGAAACAAAAGAACAUAUUUAAAAGUGCCUAUUGAUACCAAUUAUUUUGUACAGGGUGUGCAGAUGUAAGAUUUCAGGAAUGACAGCGUUAAGUGUUUGAGUAAUGUUUUCCCAGUCAAAACAUUUCAUGCAUCGUCUUGAAUACUAUAUAUAUUAGAUUGUUGUAUAACAAUUUGAUGAUAAUCUUUUUCUUUUUGCAAAGGGCUUUUCAAACUGAUCCUUAUUAUAGCAUUCCUAGCACAGAACUCAGUGCCCUGUGUUUUUUUUUAGUUGAUGCUUUUGACUGCAUGGGAGACAGAGUACUCUGGAAGCGGGAAGGACACUCUGUUCAUAUCCUUUACUGGAGGAUUGCUGAGAGUAACACACCUGUAUGCUAUGUGGUUCCAUCAUAUUGCUUUGGUUAGUAAUGUCUUUAGAUGCCAACUAUGGAAGAUAGUGGUCAGAACAGUCAGGUACAUGGAUCCAUUUAAAGGUAGUGGAAAGUCAUCUUUCGAAUGGGCUGUGGCUCAGUCAGAAAGCGGAUAAUGCAUGCCUUUCUCCUUUCAGAUCAUUGAAAUAAAAAAACCUUGAUCUUGAAAACUAGAGUUGGACAGAGUGACUCACACCAAUCCAGUCACUAAGAGAUCACAGAGGAAGCAUGUGGAUAUGGACUGAACAUUGCCCUGUGUUGUAUUCUGGGUAGUGCAAAGUUGAAAAGUACAGGUAGAAUAGUUCUGAAUUAUUCCAGUUCUCUACCUUGGUAAUGCUGAUUUGAUUUUUGCCUGCUGUGUUCAACACACUGAUGUCCACUGAUGAUCCUCUUUAAGACCUACGUAACGCUGUAAUGAUUGUUCCUAACAGGUGUUUGCAGAGUUGAUUUCUAAUUGCCAUUGGUUAAGAAGGGGUCAUGCUAAAUGUAACCUGUCUUUGAUCUUCUCAAGAUAAAGGUUGCUGUUUGUCUAAGGCCAGGCUUGUUUGUCUCCUUUAAAUUGUCCACAAGAAUAUAAUUUGUUGUAAAAACAACGGACAGUGUGAUGAAAGAAUCCUAUUCCGUUCCUUCCACUGAAUGUGCCAAAUGAGAGCUUUCAGCAUGACUUUGGAUGAACACACCUUGUGAUCUUUAACAUGUUCACUUGCCAUUAAAAUACUUUUCACAAAA